AUGUAUAGAACAGUUAAUGGUCAAAAAGAAUAUACAUGUACGUAUGGUACAACAAUUCCGUCAGGGUAUUUAAAAAGGUGCAAUGAUAAUUGGAAGUAUAACGAAUCUACAGGAAGGUGUUGUGCCAUCAACUGUAGUUCAGAAACGUGUUCCGCUUCAUUUACUAACCCAUGUGGUACGUGUGCAUCACCUUAUAAAUUAGUUGGCUACUCGUGUUAUUACGAUGAAUGCCCUGUUGCAAAUUGUGAGAUGUGUUCAAGUUCGGGUGUUUGUAGCACUUGUAAAAGUGGAUACACCUUAAAAAAUUCAUCGUAUUGUGAAAGUAAUUCCAUCAUCAUUCCAAAUUGUGUAAAGAACGUAUCAUUUUUGUGUUUGGCGUGUGAAUCGAAUUAUUACUUGUUAAACAUCACGUUUUGCCAACAAUGCGACACAACAUGUGGUGGUUCGUGUUUUGAUUCAACAGGAUAUUGUUCAAGUUGUUCAACUGGGUUGGUUUACACAAAUCCAAAAUCAAUGCAAUGCGAAGUGUGUUCUAAUUAUGAUUCAAAGUGUGUUGAAUGUCUGACUCCAAACAGACAGUGUCGGGUGUGUACAAAUGGAUAUUACCCAUCAAGUACUAACUCCAAUUGCAUUUCUUGUGAUUCGACGUGUGCGUCAACGGGGUGCAACACACAGACAGGCGCGUGCAGCACUUGUGUGAGCAACCAAUAUACAAUAAUCUCUGAAACAAGUGUCACAUGUCAGACGUGUUCUUCUUUUGACACAAAUUGUGUAGAGUGUUCAACCAUCUCACGAAAGUGCACAAAAUGCACAAGUGGGAUGUACCCAUCAACAACAUCUCCAUUUACAUGCGUAAGUUGUGACUCAACAUGUUUGAAUGGAUGCAACACACAGACGGGAUACUGCGAGAUAUGUUCAUCACAGUACACUCCCGCAAUAACACAGCCUUCAAAAUUCUGUUCUUCUUGCAAUUCAAUCGACCCAAACUGCAACACGUGUUCAUCAACAGAGAGAAAGUGUUUAAGUUGUGCAUCUCCGUAUUUUGUUGGCAAUAAUGGGGCAAACUGUGUACAAUGUGAUUCGUCUUGUUCUUUGUGUGAUGCAAAUGGGUAUUGCACUUCGUGUGCAUCAAAUUAUGUGAUGUAUGACACACAAAACACAAAGUGCCAAAGUUGCGCAGAUUUCGAUUCAAACUGUGAGACGUGUCCAGGUGGAACUGCAAAGAAAUGCGCAACUUGCAAAACAACAAACAUGUACCCGUCACCAGAUACCGGGAAGUGCAUUUCGUGUUCAACGACAUGUGGUGGAAGUUGUGACCAAACAGAUGGGCAUUGCACUUCAUGUGAGAGUGGUUUGGUGUUCACAAGUCCGUCAUCAACAAUAUGUGAAGUGUGCAAAAACUUUGAUUCUCAUUGUGCCACGUGUGCCUACAAUGGUCUAAGAUCGUGUUUGGUAUGUUCAGUUGGGUAUUACCCAUCGAGUGGCAUAUGUACGGAAUGUUCGAAAACGUGUCAACAAAACGAGUGCAACACAGCAAAUGGAAAAUGCGAAAAAUGUAUUGACAAUUACGUUGUGACUUCGCCAAUUUCAACAAAUUGUGAAAGUUGCAAUGUUUAUGACCAAAAUUGUGUGACGUGUGCAACAGACUUCACAAGAAAGUGUAUUUCCUGCAAACCAAAUUAUUACAUCAAGACGAGUGGCGACUACAAAUGCCAGAGCUGCUCGUUCACGUGUGGUGGUGCCUGCGAUGGUAGCAAUGGAAUAUGCACAACGUGUUCAAAUGGGAUGGUGCCAACCAAUCCACUUUCAACAACAUGUAUAACAUGUCAGGCAUUUGAUGUUAAUUGUGAGAGUUGUGUGACUGGUGAGCGAAAGUGCACAAGGUGUUCAACACCAAACAUGUAUCCCGACGACACGUCACAUAUGUGUGUAUCGUGUUCAUCAACAUGUGGAGGGAGCUGUGAUGCAACAAAUGGGAUAUGCACAACAUGUCAAGAUAACUUUGUCUUCCAAUCAACUAAAUCACGCGUUUGUGAAUCAUGCUCAACUUUUGAUGCACAUUGUAAUAAAUGCUCGUCCGCAUUCGACAGAAAGUGUGUGAUGUGUAACACGGGAUAUUACCCAGACGAAAUCGGUGUGUGUGUUCCAUGUGGCACAAUCAACACUAAUUGUACGAGUUGCAGCCAAACAACAAAGAAGUGCCUGGCGUGCAAAGACCCACAAUAUGUGGCUUUAAAUGGGAUUUGUUCAAAUUGCGAAGUUGGGACUUACAAGAAGACUGAGACAACAUGUGAAAGUUGUUAUUUUGCAACUGAGAACUGCAAUGUGUGUUCAACACUUUCUGUGGGUCUUUCCAAUUGCACCUCUUGUAUUACCAAUUAUGUGUUGAAUGGCGGGGAGUGUCAGUUAUGUCCAAGUGGGAAGUAUUACAAUCCAAAUUCAAAGAGCUGUCAAAGUAAUGAUGUAAACUGUCAAAUACAAGUCGACGAGUCAAAAUGUCUUUUAUGUAACAACAACUACUUUUUGGCGAAUGGGGUUUGCCAACAAACAACUCGAUGUCAAAGCCCGUCCAACACCACAAUGUCUUCAUGUGACUGUUAUGACCAGAUAUUCAUCAACUCCGAUUGUCAAGACAAUUUGACAAAUUGCAAACACCAGAAAGUUGAAAAGGGAAAUUCUGUUUGUAUCAAUUGCAACGACAACUUCACUUUGAAUGGAAAUGAUUGUCAAAGUGCACAACAAAAUUUGGAAAUAAGAAAUGGUAUUACUUACAAGUGUGGAGAUGGUGCGUAUCUCAACAUCUCAAACGAAUGUGUCGGCUGUGGUGUUUCUGUCUCGGUUUGCCAAUUUUCAAAGACCAAAAUAAUACCACUACAAUGCCAAACCAAUUAUAUAUUUGAAACGACUUCAAACCAAUGUGUUACAGAUGAUAAUUGUCAAACAACAAAAUAUGGGUUUUGCACCAAAUGCACAUCUGAUUUUAAUUACAUCUCACAGGGGAAGUGCUCAAAGUGUCAAACCACCAACUGUGGUCUCUGUGACAUAAGUACCUGUAUGAAGUGUUUGGACGGCUUUGUGAAAUACACCGACACUUGGUGUGUAUCAAGAAGUGAGAUAUCAACAUGCAAAGCAUUUAGUUCAUGUGGAUGUGUUGUAUGCAGUGAGGGGUAUCACCAGACAGACGCAAAGAAUGUAGAAGACAAGUACGAUUACUGUGUUCCAAUAGAAUCCACAACAGUCACAAAUUGCAAGAGAUACAGUGCAAAGAACAACAAAUGUGUAGAAUGUCUUGAUGCAUUCAAAUUGAAGGGUGGAAUUUGUGCCGAGACAUUUGAUGAAGACGACAAACUCAAAACAAACACAAAAACAGCAACAGAGACUUCCUGUCAAAUCAGAAACAACAAAGGAUGCCAACACUGCGCUGAUGGGUAUUACAACAUCAACAACGAGUGUGUUCAAUGCCAAAACGACUGCUUAACUUGUUACAACACAACUUAUUGCACUUCUUGCAAAGAUGGCUUUUAUCUGAGUGCUGACAUGACAUGCAAAUCACUUGGUGCAUUACAAGAAAGUUGUAACAUUGCAUUGCCUGGUGGAGGUGGAUGUGCGAUCUGUAACAGUGGGUAUUAUCGAGAGGGUAUCAGCUGUACACAAUGUGAUGAGUCGUGUGCACUUUGUGUGAACAGUUACGAGUGUCUUGCAUGCAAAGACGGCUAUUUCAACAUCCCAAGUGAAGGCAAAUUGUGUGAAUCAAAUACAACACUCACAAAUUGUGGGUUAUCAUCGUCGUCUGGAUGUGAGAGGUGUGUGUCUGGUCAUUUCUUAUCAAAUUACAAGUGUUAUGAAUGUUCUUCAAAUUGCACAUCAUGUGAGAGUGAAAGUGUGUGUACAAUAUGUAACGAGAGAGAAUAUGUGUUGGUUGACUCACAAUGUCUUUAUUUCACAAAAGUUGAAUUCUGUGUGUCAGCCUUAAAUUCGAAGUGUGUGAAGUGUGAAGGUCGACGAGAACCUACAGACUCUGGUGACAGUUGCACAAAGUCGGUCAAUCUUGGUGUUGUGAUUGGCAUCCCAAUUACAGUUCGAAUACUUUUGGUAAUCUUCAUAACAAUGAUCAUUUUGUUAAUCAUCAUUUUACUCAACAAACGCCAAGUGAAAAAGAAGAUGCAAAAUGUCUGUGUUUUUGAUAUCAAGAAAUCGAACAUAACAAUGAAUCCACUCAACAAAUCUUUGUGUUCCAAUAAGAAAGUAUUAAAAUUUGACAUAGAUUCAGACGCUCUUAUUCCAGUCGAUGAAGAAUCGCGCGAUUUGAUAUGUAUUGGAAACCUCACCAAACACCAUUUAAAAGUGCAAUUUAGUGUAAUAGAAGGGUGCGAUUGUUAUGAAAUACGAACAGUGCCUUCAAUAGUAACACUAAAGAAAGGAGAAGCGUGUGAGUUUGAAAUAUUCAUUAAGCCGUUGUGCUCGUGUCAAAUAGACGAAUCGAUAGUUGUCACUUCUUUGGAUUUUAUGAGUGGUGAACAAACAACUGAAAAAUUGACAAUUGAAACAACAACAGUCCAAUCAACUAAAUUGAAUUACAGAGAACUUGACGAAAUAAAGCUAAUAGGCGAAGGCUCAUUUGGAGUUGUAUACAAAGGCACAUUCAGAGGAAAGGAUGUUGCAAUAAAGAAGAUGAAACAGAUACAAAAGAUGAAUCAACUUCUGAAUGAUUUCGAAAAUGAAGUGAAUAUGUUGGACAAGUUUAGAAGUGAGUUUAUCAUCCACUUCUAUGGCGCUUGUGUCAUUCCAAACCACAUUUGUAUGGUCACUGAAUUUGCUUUGUAUGGAAGUUUACAGGAUUUGAUGAAACACAAAAAGAGUGAUGAAAUCAGUUUGAUAAUAAAAAUGAAAAUCAUAAUAGAUGCUUCCAAAGGGAUAUUAUAUUUGCAUGAGAAUGGCAUUUUACACAGAGACAUCAAACCAGACAACAUACUUGUCGUUUCAUUGGAAAACGAGAUGAAUGUCAAUGGGAAGUUGACUGACUUUGGAAGCAGUCGAAACAUCAAUUUACUCACAACUAACAUGACUUUUACAAAGGGUAUUGGAACACCAAAAUACAUGGCACCUGAAAUACUGAAUAAACAACACUACAAGAAGGCAGCUGAUGUCUACUCGUUGGCUGUAACGUUGUUUGAGACUUUGAUAUGGGGAGAAGCAUAUACUGGCGAUGAGUUUAAAUUUCCAUGGAGCAUUGCCAAUUUUGUAGCUUCUGGAAAACGGCUUUCAGUUCGAGAAGGAAUUAGCCCAGAAGCUUAUCGUGUUAUUUCAGAAAUGUGGACACAGAAACCCGAAGACAGACCAAGUGCAGAUGCUGUGGUGAUUCUUUUACAAAAAUUACAAAGAAAUAAUUAA